AUGGCAGGGAAUAACAGGAGCAAUUGGCAUCAACAACGGCAGUCGCAACAAAUAGGAGGUAUUUCAGCUAUUGCUUUCUGUUCAAACAAUUUAUUUACAGGUUUCCCGGAUAACCCUCCGCACUCUUCAAUGGACGGCCAAUCAUUUUCACUUUUGCAAAUGAGAAGGAGCGGUCCGCACAGUGUUUCUACUCCAUUUGCAGAAGCCCACUCACAGCAACAACAUAUGCCGCCGUACCUUUCUAUGUAUCAAAAUGACUCAUCUCAUUCCAACUGUAAGUUAUGCGGCUAUUCAAAGGUUAUUUUCAGUUUUUCCUUCACGUUUUCAAUGUAGCUGCAUUGAGAAAAGCAGACUUGUCGAAAAUCAGUCGGGCCGAUAGAAUUUUUAUCAUCCUGUGCAAAAAUAUUUAUGGAAAAAUAAUCGAUUUUUCAGAUUUUUUACUCGGGAAAUUGCGAAAGUAACGAUUUUUGAAGAAAAAUUGACCAGAAAUCAUGUUCUGAAAUUUAGUACUAAAACCCCCAGCGGUCAGGCCUACAUCGGCCCGCGACAAGUCUGUAGGAAAUUAACGUAUACCUAUACAAAACGGAAAUAACACCCUCAGAAUAAUCCCCUUAGAAUGAACCUAUCUGAAUAAAUAUUACAAAACACAGACAUACUGGCACAACAGUCGCAGCGACCAUUCAUUUUUAAUGCAAACGCUCAUACAUUCGUGCCGAGAAACGGUAUGCAGCAAUAUUCAUAUCAUCACGACGGAUAUAAUAUGCAUUCACGCAAUUAUUACGAUCAAGAGCAACCAGGAAAUCAGUAUCUAUACCAGAACGUGAGAACCAAUUUUUUUAGAAAUACGAUAGCUUUAUCGAAUCUGUGUACAGUCAGAAAUUAAACUGAAGACGAAUUUGCGCAAGAACCCGGUCAUUUUUUGUUUUGAGAAUUUACUCUAUCUCAUGAUGAGAUAAUCCAAUCCAGUGAUUUUUGGAAGGAUCGUAACCUUCCGUGUACACAUGAUCUAACUUCUUCGCGGACAAUUAUUUAAAUAUGCGUUAAUAGCGCUGAACAAAUGUGCCAACAGUUGUGUCCCGCUUCCUCGAUCAAUAUUGAUGAUAGAGAGCACAACAGUAAGCGAUGGUUGAGCGUAAUACUACAGGAAAAACGUGCAACCGCCGAAAUGUGUUCUCCGCGAAAGCUGUUUCUCUGCGUCUAUUCUGCCGUCUGUCUAUCGUCUCUGACUUUCAAUACAUUGUCUCUACACUAUUCUUAUUCGUCAAACUAUGCGAACUCUUUAUAAUUCUGGGAUUUUCAAAAUUACACCCGAUUUAAUAUUUUUCUAGAAAAACGACCACUAAACUACGAAUUAGUAUUUUACAGUCUAAAAACAAUUUUUUAUCUGCUUGAUUGAAUGAUAGACAGAAAAACAUUCAUGAGAUAAUUUUCUUUCCCAAAAACUUUCAAUCAGGGAUGGCAUUUUAUCUUUAUGCAAUACUCUAAACCUGUGCCCGCUGCGCGGUCCGAGCUAACGCUCGGAAGCGGCUCGGCCGCUUUUUUGCUUCGCAAAACCGUUAGAAAGUUCAUGUGUCCAUUCCUUACUUUCUCCGUCACUACUAUUAUGACGGCAUUUAUCUGCAAUCGCGCUCUACCGAAAUCCCACGUGAAAACCCGGUCGCGGCCGCGACCUUUUCCAAUUUAGCAUUGAAUUCGGCGCUACAACGGCGGUCCAACAUAAUAGAACUGCGCAGAAUAGAACCGCGACACAAUAGAACUUCGACAUAAUAGAACUGCGCAGAAUAGAACCGCGACACAAUAGAACCGGCGACAAUAUAACUGUUUGGAGCGCUUUUUAAACCUUUCUGUAGAAUAAUUGCUUCGUAGAAAAAGAUAAUUUUUGAAUCUCGUGAUCGAUUUAUUGCAUUCAUUAAUUUCACUUCCUUCGUGAUCCCUCUUCUCUACGGUAACGAAAACCCACAGAAAAUAAUUUUAUUGUACUAUCAAAAACGAAAAGAAACCAAUUUUCUUGGUAUAAACUGUGGUCUUCUGCUUAAUUGUUCGAGAGACGAAAAAUUUUGCGAAAGUUAAUUGAAAGGAACGGACAAAAUGCUUAUAUAAAUUCACAAAAACAGUUCUAUUAUGUCGCGGUUCUAUUGUGUCGCGGUUCUAUUCUGCGCAGUUCUAUUAUGUCGAAGUUCUAUUGUGUCGCGGUUCUAUUCUGCGCAGUUCUAUUAUGCCCAGUUUUAUUAUGUUGGACCGCCGCUACUGCGGAUUAGAAUUUGAACGGAAUAGAACUGUUACGAAAUAUAACUCCCAACGCUAAAAAACAACUAGGAGUUCUAUUUCGUUACAGCUCUAAUCCGUUGUAGCGGUUUGAAAGUGGUGUUUUUUUUCCGAAUUCUCGUUAAAAGUGUACUUUAAUUUUAACAACAUUUCUUCAGUUCGGUCCUACUGUUCCGCCAGCCGUUUCUCUCUACAACUCCAUGUAUUCCCAAGACGAUGCGGUAAUGCAAAAUACGGAUCGUAUUUAGCGUUUUUUUAAAAAAUUAUACUUAAGUGUAUUGAUGCGUUUGCUCAAUUCGGGCAACAAUCGCAGCAGUAUAUGCCGUCUACUGAACUAUCCAAUCAAAUGCAACACAGUAGAAGUUCAUCACUUCUCAAUGAGGUAAAUUAGUUAACUUAUAUUGAGCCGCUCAAUUUGAGCGUUAAAGGAGGUAUAAUUUUAUGCGUGCAGAGCGGACUUGCUGUGAAAAACCCCCAAUAAUACUACGGAAGUUACGCACUCUGAAUUUUUUUCAGAUAUUAGUUGGUUGCGAACAAUUGCUUUCUGAGGGAAAUGAAGACUCAUCUACUUGGAUUUCUGCUAUCAGACAAAGAUUCGAAAAUCAACAGAUGGACGAAGAGUCAAAAAAAGUCGGCGUAAAGUUAAUUGUUGAGAUGGUGAGUAGGAAGCUGUUUUACCAUGGUACUGCAGUAAAAAUAUCUAGACAGUCUUAUCAGGCUCAUUCGAUGGAACCCAAUCAGUUCCGUGGGACUGAUCCGCAAUACACAUUCUCAACACUUCUGAAAACGUUGGCUGAUGAGGUUUGAAUUGUGCCAACCUCAAGUAGUUACUUUCUAUUUUUCAGGUGAAAGAUUUCAUGAGAAAAGCCAUCCUUCCUGUGCUUUCCGAGUUCCACGAGUCUCGCAGCCAGUUAGAGAAUUCUGCUCGCGUCUUCAUGGCCGUGUUUUAUGCUGAGGUGUUCGUCAAGCUGACUCUUGUAAGAUUCCUGUCUUUGUGUUAAACACAUGACGAAAGCCGAAAUUUUUCUUCGCACCAAAAAUUGUUCCUGCAGGGAAACAGUUAGAAAGCAUCGCACCUCAGUUCAGGCCCUACCCAUAAUUCGUGGUACUCUACGCCCCCGUCCCACUUUUUUAUACCUGACACCACUACGCAUCUGUCUGACGUUCAUAGGUGCUUUGAGUUGAACGCCGGCAGUUCGGGACAGGCGAGUGGGAGGGGACUGGUUCGAAAAAAAUUUUGGCAGCCGUAAGGCCGGUUGUCAAGUUGUUUUAACUGUCUGAAUUACUUCCAUGGGUCAUAUUCGUUCAGUUCCACUCAUUUGAACCCACUAAGAUACCUGGUACAUGGCCUAGUGUCCACUAACGACAAGAUUGCAGGAGUGUCCUUAAGGGGCAGCUACUAGAAUACCUGAAGAUUUUUUGAAAAUUUUUUAUCCUUUUCCACAGGGGGGGGGGUGGAUUAUGGUUGCCGCUGGUUCGGAAAUUUCAAUCCGACCGCCAGGUCGGAAAAAUGUUUUGGCGUUUCUCAAAAAUCUCGCACCUAUGCUGCUGUUUUUUAAACAAAACAUUUUAGGACAAUGGCAGCCGUUUUGAAAAGCUUGGUCAAGCUUUGUCUGAUCAAAUCGAUGAUAUUCUGAAGUUUCCACCAAAAGACGAAAACAUGAAGUAUUUGCUUCGAGCAUUCAAGGUUGCUGGAGCAGAGUUGGAUUUUUCGGAAGAGUUGAGAAAACGUGUCGAUCAGAUUCUGACUGUCAUGGGCGGAUUUGCCAACGGUUCUCCAGUUCUGGGCGAGUAAGUUUUCUUUCUUUAAUGGGGGUUUUCUGCGUAUUUUUGUUUUCCGUUUUUUUUUUUCGUUUUUCACAUCGCUGAUUUAAGUUUUUUUGAAAAAAAACGGAAAAAAACGCUGAAUAACCCCAUAACAAAUCGCAAAAAAUUGUUUACAGGUCUAUCAAAGCUCAAAUCAUGUCUUUAAUCGAUUGUCGACAGCGCGGGUGGGAUCGCGUCAGACCUGUAAACGAGCCAGCUCCUGUUAGCAACCGUUAUGAAGACUCUUUCGAUGAGUCCACCGACAAUGAUCUAACUGAAGAAGAGAGACAGUUUCUCGAAAGUCAUCUCGAGCAAGCUGAGAAGAAUGACGAUGGUGAUGAAAUAGACGAGCAGGAAGUGAUGAAUGAGUUCGGAAAGUUUGUAAAAGAGGAGCUGUGGCGUGCUGAGGUUCACAUUGCGAAUAAUUUGAAACCUUCGAAAGUGUAAUGUUCAGGAAAUAAAAACGACUGAAAUGAUGACAAAUCUGGCGAUGAAGGAGUCGGGCGCUGCAGACAAUAAUUAA